UUUUUGCUGUAAUCUGUCACCCAUCAGUAAACAAAGAAAACAAUGACUCCACUUAAUGUAGGAAGUUGUUGACUGAGUAGUUAAUUGACUUUUUAAUUUAUUUAAUAUUCUCCAGGUGGUAGUUGCACAGUUAAAUGCUUAAGUAGGUACUUGAUUCUUUGUUACGAUUGUCUGAAAGGCCCUUGUGGAUAAUCUCACACAACUCUCAUCCUAACUGUCAGAAUAGGUAGUGUCAGGAAAUCACACACAACAAAAGAUAGAAAUCUUCCGCAAACUACUCUGGCUCUAAAUUUCCGACCACACUUUGACUGAAGAAGUGCGGUUAGAUGAGAGAGAAGGCGGGGCAGGAUACUGAAGUACAAACAGUGGUCAGCCACAGUGAAUCACAGAGCCUCUCUCAGAGACCUAGGAUAAGCAGAGCAGAUUAAAUAAACAGAUAACUCUGAAUGCUUUAAGAGCUGGGGAUAGAAUAUGCUUGGUUGAUGGAGGGCCUGUUAACUCUGUUUUGCUCAGAGCAUCGUGCGGGGGGGGGGCUGUGAACAAAUACGGAUGGGGUCCAUAAUACAUUAAAGCAAGUUCCAGACAUAUAUUGGAAAAUGUCGGCUAGGUUGCACCAACUGAAAUAAUGUUGCUAUAAAAUGUUAGAAUUAGAAGUAAUCUACUGGUGUCUUUGUCAAACCGGUGUUUGUUGCAGCUCUGAUGAUCCUCAGAAAACUAACCAGAAAGGAGGAACUCUAUCGAUGCAAUACCCACAGAAGAGUGAGGGGAAGGAGGUGAAGAUUCUUGUUCAGCCUGAGACUCAGCACCGAGCCCGCUAUCUGACUGAAGGCAGCAGAGGGUCAGUGAAGGACCGCACUCAGCAGGGCUUCCCUACUGUAAAGCUGGAGGGAGUAAAUGAGCCAGUGGUUUUGCAGGUGUUUGUGGGCAACGACACUGGACGUGUUAAGCCUCAUGGUUUUUACCAAGCGUGCAAGGUGACCGGCCGCAACACCACCGCCUGCAAAGAGGUGGACAUUGAUGGCACAACUGUUAUCGAGGUGUACCUUGAUCCGAGCACCAACAUGACACUAGCGGUGGACUGUGUUGGGAUCUUGAAGCUACGUAAUGCUGAUGUCGAGGCUCGCAUUGGUGUGGCCGGAUCGAAGAAGAAGAGCACACGAGCUCGGCUGGUGUUUAGGGUAAACAUCCCCCGUCCAGAUGGAUCAGUGCUCACACUACAGACUCCAUCAUCUCCAAUCCUGUGUACUCAGCCUGCAGGAAUGCCUGAGAUCCUGAAGAAGUCACUACACAGCUGUUCAGUGAGGGGUGGAGAAGAGGUCUUUAUCAUUGGCAAAAACUUUCUUAAAGACACUAAAGUCAUAUUUCAGGAGAAUGUCUCAGAUGAUAAAUCAUGGAAGGCGGAGGCUGAAAUUGACAAAGAGCUGUUUCACCAGAAUCACUUGAUAGUGAAGGUUCCUCCGUACCAGAACCAAGCCAUCACCUCUUCAGUGUGUGUGGGAGUCUAUGUGGUGACGAAUGCUGGGAGAUCCCAUGAUGUUCAGCCUUUUACCUACACACCAGAUUCAGCAAAAACUGAUGUUCCUGUAAAGAAAGAGGCGCCUUCUCCAGUGAAGACUUGCUCAUUUGAUGAGCAAAUUAAAGUUCUAGAUGCUGCCUUGAUGCCUUCCAUGUUGCCUUUAGUGAAGAGAGAAGAUGUCACUCCGAUGGAGGUCACCAGCAACCUCCAAUCUUCUGGUGUAUUUAAGCAGCCUGGUGACCUGUGUCCAGCCCCGCAGAACCCAGACAUGUCUGCAGGACAUCUUAAUGAAAACAGAGCAUUCUCCAACAGCUUGUCUCAGCCUGCAGGCGACGCUGACAAAGGCCAGGCACCUGUUUUUCUCAACACAGAGCCCUUAAGCAGCAUCCAGAAGCAGGACCUGGCAGCCGCCAGCUCUUUCUCUGUGCCUGCUGACUCACUGCUCCAGCAGGGAUCACAGCAGUUCCUUCUGGAGCCCAGAGAGGGCCUCGGACAGGAGAGGCCCGGCAGCAGCUCUGGAGCUGUGGGGAGACUGUGUGGAGAACCUACACCACAACAGCAGCAACUGCCAAUGUUCCCCCCAGAUGAAGUAGCCCAGCUGGAGGAGGCAGUGAGGCAACUUAAAGCCAAAGGGUUCUGUAACUUACCACUUCAGCCUGACAACUCAAUGGCCAAACACCAGCAACAACACAUGCAACACCAACAACAGAUCCAAAAACAGCAAAUUCAACAGCAACACAUCCAGCAACAACAGCUGCAACAGCAGCAACAGCAGCAGGUUUUGGAGAAUUUACAACAGCAGCUGUUUCAGUCACAGAUUCAGAUGCAGUGUGGCAUGUUUCAGGAUGAUCCUCAGGGUAAGAACCCAGAGCAGGGCUCAUCACAAGGAGUGGUGCCAAACCAGGGGACUCUUUUCCAACAGGCCCAGCAGCAGCAACAACAGCAGCAGCAGCAGCAGCAGCAACAGCAGCAGCAACAGCAACAAGCAGCUCUAUUUCAACAGGCGAGUGACCUGCUCUCUAUUCAGACCAACUUCCUACAGCAGUCCCCCUCACACCCUUCACCACCCAUGUUCCACAAUCCCAGUUCCUUAGCUGAAACACAAGAUCCACAAGGGGGGUUGUUUCAGGAAGCCUCUCAGGAGCAGGUCCAGGCCGCUCUCUUCCAAAACACCAUGACAGUACUGCAGUCUCCGGACCAACGGCCCUCAACCCCGGGACUUUUCCUCCCUCAGCCAUCCCUGCCCUCUCAGCUCACAACCAGUGCUCAACAACAACAGCAACAACAACAGCAGCAACAACAACAACAACAACAACAGCAGCAGCAACAGCACCAGCUGGCCUUCCUUAGUGCUCUCCAAACACCUGCCCCUGAACCACAAUCAGUGUUUCAGGCUCAAACCCAGCUCUCCCCUAUCCAACAAAGAAGCCCCAUGGAGCAGCAGCAGCCCUCCCAGCCUCAGCCACACACACAGCCGGCCCAGCAGGCUUCCCUGUUUCAGAACAUCACCUCACAUCCAUCUGCAAACACACUCUCUCCAGGCCAGCAGCAGCAACAGCAAGCUGGCCUACUUUUCUGCAACAACCCCCUGUCCACUCCGGAUCAGGCCUCCAACCUACUGUUCAGCAGCCAGGGCCAGAUGCCACCGCUGACCAGCAGCAGUCUAGUUUCCCAAGAGCCCCAAAACCCCUCUCUGCUCUUUUCCCAGGCCAGCAUGGUGACAGUAAACCAGCAGGAUCGCUCUGAGCCCAUGGCUUUAGGGAACCCCACCGAUCAACGGCAGCAAGUCAUGUUUCAGGAGCAACAGCCAAUGCAGCUGGGCAGCAGCUCAAACAACCGGCAGGAGCAGCCUGUGGGCCUCUUUAUGCCUCAGUCUAACAUGGCCUCCCUGCAGGGGGGACUGGCAGCUCAGGAGCUCGCACAGUCAGCCAUGUUUGUCUCACAGAACGGCGUGGCGAGCCACCAGACGACCACCUCCUCUCCUGUUCAACAGCCAGGGACUCUGUUUCAGACCGCUGUCAGUGGGAGCAUUAACCAGCCCAGUCAGCCUCAACAACCUGGCCUCUUCCUUUUUGGGAUUGAGAACGAAUGUGGCCAGCUGAUGAACACUCCUGGAAACACGUUGUCAGAUCAGCUUAUUGCCAUCAGCCAAUCUGGUCAGAAUCAAAGAGAGAGUGAGGCACACAUCCAGUCCCUGCUCAGCCAGUCCCUGUCUCAGUCUCGACCUGUGCAGAACAGCAUGAGUGCCUCUCAAAAUAUGGAGAAAAUCGAUGACCUGCUGGUCAGUCUGCAGGACUCAGGCAGCAACUUAACCCGUUCAUACUAACCUUUAUGCAGGUUCACGAAUUGUCUUUUAUUUUGUUAUGUGGAAUAAUUGUAAAAUUGGACAAAAAAAGUCUAAGUAUUGUCUGUUAAUAAGCCCAUGCAGUAAAAGAUCUGUAAAUUUGUCUUGCAUCAUGAAGUUUGAGACAAGUCUCUUCCUCCUCAUGAAUGUUCUCCAGAGCGGCAUGGGUGAUAUCUGUUAUCUCGUUAUUAAGGACAAACUUGACAAAUCAAUAUCCAGACAGUGAACCAGGAAUUUGGUUUGGAAUUUCUUGGCUGAGUGGGCUGGCUGAGAAAGCGAUUGUCUCCUAUUAACUUUAUGAAUGAUUGACUCCUCAGUGUAACAGAGGGGCAAAAUGAGAGGGCUCCAGGCAAAAACAGACAACUUGUCAUUACUGUUCUUUGAGAAAAGCAGCAUUUGGUGCUUUCCUUCAACUUGUACUCUAAAAAAAACCAGUAACUUAGCGGUCUUGUUAUUCAUUAACUUGUGAAGUUGUGUGUGUCUCUGUAGACGGUCAGUGAUUUUAUCUGCAGUCUUUCGGUUCGCGUGGAGUUUUCUGAAGUGUUCCCUAGAGUGUUUAGUGGCUUCCAUGAAUCGUGUUCCCUUUAAUAUUCUUUUGUAUUUCUGUUGCGUGGAAGGUGGAGUGCGCGGUGUAGCAGGAAGGUUUAGAAAAACUGCGGUAUGUAUGGUUUUAUACAUCCAAGAUAUGGAAUGUAGCCGCUGUUGACAUGGUUUGAAAUUAUUUUCAGUGCCGAAAGUGUAUUGAAAGAAAGUUAGCGGGUUAGAGAUGAGGCAGAGAGGUAGAAGAAAAGUAGGAAAGUGUUCGACACUGAUCUUAUGUGUAGUCACAAACAAGCGUCUUCAUUCUGUAUGUGCUGAUUAUAUCAAUACAUAAUAUAUCAAUAUACUCAAGCUGUCUUUGGUAGCCCACAUGGUAUAUUUUAAUUCAUAAUAUGACUAUGAUGAUGGAAACAGUGCUCAGUAGGUGUUUUACAAAUGUAAUGUAAUGUAAUUGGUAACGUGGCAUUUUGUUGCCUGGUUAAAUUAGAUCUAGUCUUGUCUAGACCCGUUUGGUGCAGUAAUACCUGUAAACGAAUAUUUUAGCUGUUGGUGGGACAGUGCAGUGAAGAUGGUCCCUUCCAGCUGUGAAACAUAUCUUUCAGUACAAGAUACUUUAACAUCUCCACCACAGUGUAAAGAUAGCACUUUAUGAUAUCAGUAAGCAAACAUGUUCCGGCUAACAUUUAGUCUGUAUUCAUCAAAACCAAACUAUGUCAGUUUGGUACUUUUUAUAACCGAUUCAACUUUUAAUUCAUUAAAGGGGUGAAUCUUUCAAGAAAGUGUGGCGGUAGAAAAAUAACAAAUAUUGGCGGAGGCUUUUACGUAUAUAUUCAGCACUUUAUGAUGCUGUUCUUUGUGACAACUUUACUCACCAAGGGUACAGUACAGUCCCACAAGAGGUGGCGGGUUGUUGUGUAGGGCCGCCUCUUUCUCACUGUUUACAGUAAAGAAGAUACAUUUUGUAUUAACAUGCUGUUACAACUAUCGACUUUUCAUUCCCAAACCUAAUACAUUAUUUAUUCCUGAAAAACCAGCUAAGAAAUCUGGAGAAAUUAGGAAAUGAGUUAGUUAGUAAGUUAGAUCGAGACAAGACGAUUGAGUCGUUUUUAUUCAGUUAUUAUCAUAUCUGACAUAUACCUUUAUUCAAACACAUCUACAGUAGAGGGAGUAGAAUGUAAUGUUAUUAGUAUGUGUUUUAGUGUAAUUUUAAUGGCAUCAUUCUGCGUCAGGCACGCAUGAACUGGAAUAGUACUCUUAAACAAGCUAGAAAAAAAAAACCUAGUUUUGACCAGUUUUAGUAAUGUUAUGGAUUUAGUGAAUGUUGAGGAGAAGCAACUGUUUGCUGGCUCAACUGUACACAUCAUUUUACAUCUCAUCCAGCAGUUGGCUAGUGGCCUCAGGACCAAAGUUUGACUCAAACCUUGCUUUGCAUAAAUCCUGAUGACAGGCCAGUUUUAUGGCUCAUAAACUUUUAUUUCCUUUUUAUAAAAAAAAAAACAAACAGAUUAUUUCAUUAUAACGAUGUCCUGCUGCCACACUUUUCUUACUGUUGUGAUUUUUCUUUUUUUCGGGCAAAAACUGUGUUUGUGUCAUGUUUAGUUUUACUAAGUGUAUGCAUGAACAAUGGGCUGGUCUCUGAUGAUGAGAGAAUUAGCUCCGUUUUAUGCCUCA